AUGCAUCGCAUACCGCUCCCCGAAGGAUCGCAUGGUCUGCCCAGCACGUCCGGCGUGUUUGACCAGCCAUGGCGUCCUCCAUACGCGCCUUCUUUCGACCCCCACCCUGCGGACCAGCGGCGCACGUCGAGCGCACCUCAGCCUCCGCUGCACUCGCACCCGUACUCUGUCAUGUCGAACCGGGAACUGCCGCAACUUCCUCCCGAUGGGCCAUAUGCUCGGCAAACCAGUAUACCUGGACCACCAACGCAUACGCCCCCAGAGACGCAUCCGCCUCCACCUCCGCCUCACCCCAAUUUUCGCCCGCCGAUGAACGGAGCGUCUCAUGAGCCGACACCUCAUUCCGCACCUCCAGAGUACCGGCCUCCAGUGGCACGAAUGUCGUUCCCUCCUCCAGAGACGCCUGGGGCUGUCGUGGACCCUGCACCGCCCCCACAAACCCUGCCCCCAGCUCCGUAUACUCCACCGGUGCCCCUCUCGCAGACCCCUACACCUUACGAUCCCGCCUACUAUCCAAAUCAGGCAUUCGGGAUGCGCCAUCGCAAGGCAGCUCGGGCUCAACAGGCGUGUGAUCAAUGCCGAGCAAGAAAGGCCAAGUGCGAUGAAGGUCGUCCGGCAUGCAGUCAUUGCAAAGAGAAUAACUUGAUAUGUGUUUAUAAAGAAGUGCCCCCUCACAAACAAGAAAGAGCGACCCAACAAAUGAUGGACCGUGUGCAACAGCUGGAGGAUGCAGUGAUAGAACAUAUACGACGGGUGGUAUCUAUGCAAGUUGAGCAAGGGAACCAGCUCACUGCUAUUUUGCAAGGAACCGGAAUCUCAGACACGAAAAUCAUACAGGCUGCCGAGACACAGAAACAGUCACUCAGCCGGCUGUCGAAGCCAGACAUCGCCGAUCUCCUCCAAAAGACCGAGACCAAAGACGAGACAAUCUCCAACUUUGUGAAUCGGGAACUUGAGAAGGCUGCCGAGGGGGAGCCACAGAUGCUGGUGACAGGCGAGGACGGUGAACUUUCUAUUCCCGUUGAACAUACCACGGCGGCCCACAAACUGCUCAUGUGGCCGUCAAUCAAAAGCCUUCUUUCCCCGCGCGAGUAUGAUGAGGACUAUGUGAUGAGGCUUGAGGAGGAACGCGGUCUGAUCCUUGUUUACGGGCGGGGUGAAGGCCAUAACGACAGCGAGGACCUGACCGCGUCACCCCCGCCGAAUGGGAAUUCUGCCCGGGAUCAUACCCACACCAAUGAAACGGCCGCUGGCGGACCAUGGGGUUUUUUACCUCAUCAGAAAGGUACACCCGUCGGAACCAGGCCGGAUGCUCUAGAUGAGAAUGGGUACUUUACUACGAAUGCCGCUACCGUUCGCUGUUAUUAUCAGAGCUACAUGGAUCACAUACACAAACUCCACCCGUUCCUCAACCAGAAUGAACUGGAAGAACGAAUGGAACGAUUCAUUGCACGGUACUGCCCUCCGGCAAAUGCAGCUUCAGCGCCCAUUCUCAACGGCAAUGGCAAUGGCCCGCGGGGCGCAAAGCGAAAGCGAUCCUGCGAGACUCUGCAUGGUGCGGGCUGCGAUGUCCCAUCUCCCAGCUCCAUGACGCCCGAUGGCCUAGGCGGCCGUCGCGUCGAGAAGUCUUUGAAAAAUGCAAUCAGUCUUCUAGUUCUUGCGCUUGGUAGCAUCUGUGCAACCAAACCUCCCGUUCCUGGACCGGUUACUGAUGUCCCCCUAAACUUUCGAGAUGAGUGGAUCCCAGGUCCUACCUCCCGAAACAUGCUUUCACGGGCAGAUUCUCUGUCAGCCGCGCCACCGCAGGGCAGCUUCUAUUCUCAGGAUGGUCAUUCCUUUUCUUCGAUGGAUGGUCGCAGGGCAUCAUCGGAUCGCACAGGACAUGCGUUCCACCCCCGGAAACCGCGGAACAUAGAUGUCAUUCCCGGCCUGGCAUUUUAUGCCUAUGCGACUCAGAUCUUGGGAAGCUUACAAGGUGCGAAUGGUCUUGACCAUGUUCAAGCAGCCUUACUUGCAGGGUUAUAUGCCGGACAACUGGCGCAUCCUUUUCAGAGCCACGGGUGGAUCUAUCAAGCAGCAAGAGCUUGUCAGGUGCUUGUGCGGACAAAACGAUAUGAACAGUAUGUUGAUGGACCUCUCAAAGACUCCAUUGACUUCGCAUACUGGACCUGUUUGCAACUGGAAAGUGAUAUUCUUGCGGAACUUGAUCUUCCGGCUAGCGGCAUAUCCCGAUCAGAAGGGCGAAUUUCCUUGCCGAAAGGAAAAUAUACACUGACUCUACCGAACGAGAUCUCUGCCCCGAGUACCAUGAUGAUGUUCUUCUAUUCCGCGCAGAUUCACCUCAGAAAGGUUCUCAAUCGAGUCCAUACAGAUCUGUACAAAGUGGAAAGAAAGGGAGAAUCACGCUGGUCUUCCCAUGUUCAAGAAAUUCUGAGCAUGAAUUUGGAACUAUGGAGGAGCAGUCUGCCUGAAGUGAUGCGCUGGAAAGACACGGAUCCACCAUCGAAAGACAUCAAUGUGGCCCGUAUGCGUGCCAAAUACUACGGGGCACGGUACAUCAUUCACCGGCCGCUUCUAUUCCAUGCCCUGCAUUUUGCCAACGACACUGGUAGCUCAGCAUCCGUUGACUCUCCUACUGGAUCGGCGAUCUCGGGUUCGAAGUCACAACAAGUCUCCCCAUCCCUGACCCACAGCCAACGCGCCAUUGGCAUGGCACGUCUAGCCAGUGAUGCCGGUCCAGCCCCGCGGAGCGCUCCAACCCCGACUCCAGGAGGUGGGAAUUGGGCAUCCUACGCAUAUCGCGAUCUCCAACCCAAAAUGCGGAGAGCGUGCAAGGUGUGCAUCGACUCCGCCAUGCUGAGUACCGAGGCCUUCGACGGAAUUGAGGGCCGUCCUGUUGUGACCAACAUCUUCGGCACAGCUCACGCUCAAUUUGGUAACAUGUUGGUGCUGUCGGCUACGUAUAUGUCGAGUCUAUCAGAGCUCGUCGAUCGGAGCGACUUGGAGCGACUCAUGAAGCGAACCAUCCGAUUCCUUCUCCAAAGCCGCGAUAUUUCGCCUAGCUUGCGAGCUGAUGCGAAGAUUCUGAGCGAGAUUUACGAGAAGAUCUUCGGAGAUACCAUUGAAAGCUUCAUCCAGGCGUGA